AUGUCUAGUGGCAACAAUGGAGGUGGUGCUAGUGGAGCUAAAAAAACUGAAGAAUUACAUGCUCAUCCAAUUAUGGAGCAACUUAAGAAUGUCCAAUACUGUGUUAACAGCCCACCACCUUGGAGGGAAGCAUUGUUCUUGGGAUUUCAGCAUUACAUACUUAGUCUUGGUAAUAUUGUCUUAAUUCCAAGUAUCAUAGUUCCUCAAAUGGGUGGUGGCAAUGAUGAGAAGGCAAAAGUAGUACAAACAUUGCUUUUUACUUCAGGUGUGAAUACAUUACUACAGUCCUUAUUGGGGACCAGAUUGCCAUUGGUAGUGGGUGGUUCAUAUGCAUACUUGAUACCAAUUAGCUCAAUUAUCCAGGCUAAUAGGUUCGCAGUUCUUCAGGAUCCUGAGCUGAGGUUUAUGCACACAAUGAGGAGCAUACAGGGGGCCCUUAUUGUAACUUCUGGUUUCCAAAUUCUACUGGGCUUCCUUGGCCUGUGGAGAAAUGCUGUAAGGUUACUUAGCCCUCUAUCUGUGGCACCACUUGUUGCCUUAACCGGACUGGGGCUCUACCAUCUUGGCUUCCCAUUGAUUGCAGAAUGUAUCGAAAUUGGGAUACCACAAUUAAUUUUCAUGGUGGUCAUCACACAGUAUCUACCAACAUAUCUCAAAUUAAAGAGGCCCAUAUGUGACCGGUUUGCAAUGCUCUUCUCUAUAGCAAUUGUAUGGUUUUAUGCAGCAAUCUUGACAUGGAGUGGUGCAUACAAGAAUGCAAAUGAAGCAAAUUGCCGCACUGAUAGCUCUGGACUCAUUUCUGGUUCUCUUUGGAUCGACAUGCCAUAUCCGUUCCAAUGGGGGGUUCCAACUUUCAAUUCUGGAGAUGCUUUUACUAUGACGGUCGCUUCUUUUGUUGCUUCUGUGGAGUCAACUGGUGUAUUUCAUGCAUCAGCGAGAUAUGGAAGCGCAACACCAGUGCCACCUUCUGUCGUUAGCCGGGGUGUUGGCUGGCUGGGGAUUGGGACUAUGCUAAAUGCUUUUUUUGGUGGUGUCACUGGUUGCACUGCUACAGCGGAAAAUGCUGGUCUAUUGGCAAUGACAAGAGUUGGAAGCCGAAGAGUCGUGCAGAUAUCUGCUGGUUUUAUGAUUUUCUUCUCCAUCUUAGGAAAAUUUGGAGCAAUCUUUGCUUCAAUACCUGCAUCAAUCAUGGCUGCAAUAUACUGUAUCUUCUUUGGAUAUAUCUCAUCAGCUGGUCUUGGAUUUCUCCAAUUCUGUAAUCUUAACAGCUUUAGAACAAAGUUCAUAUUGGGAUUCUCACUUUUCCUGGGAUUGUCCCUACCACAGUACUUCAGAGAGCAUCGCUUAUGUUCUGGAUUUGGUCCUCUUCAUACACAUUCAAGAUGGUUUAAUGACACAAUGUCUGUCAUCUUCAUGUCACACGGCACGAUAGCUGUUGUGGUUGCUGUAUUUUUGGAUAGGACUCUUCCGUUUAGUAACGAUGAAGCUCAUAAAGAUAAUGGCUCGCAUUGGUGGGACAAGUUUGUGGCAUACACUAAGGAUGUUAGAAAUGAUGAGUUCUAUAAAUUACCAUGCCAACUUAAUAGGUUCUUCCCACCUUAUUAGUCAAAAAAAGAUAUGCCAUCACAGUAUUGUUGGUUGUUUCUUUCACAAACAAUAUGUUUUCUGUCAUUGUAAAAUUUCAUUACUUGAACUCUUCCUUUGCUUUGUUCUUCUUAUUCAAACUAUUUGUCAUUUCUGUUGCCUCAAAUGUUCAGUCAAAGAUGAUUAAUAUAUUGUAUUAUUGCAAAAACAGUGUCCAAGUCUUGUUACUUCAUUCAAAGAAUGAGGUUCC